AUGGAGCCGAGGCUGCUGCGGGCCGCGCAGGAGAGCGAGGUCAUCGUCCAGCAUUACAACUACACCGGCAAGCUCCGCGGUGCGCGCUACCAGCCUGGCGCGGGACUGCGUGCAGACGCCGUCGUGUGCCUGGUCGUGUGCGCGCUCAUCGUGUUGGAGAACUUAGCCGUGCUGGUCGUGCUCGGACGCCACCCGCGCUUCCAUGCGCCCAUGUUCCUGCUUCUGGGCAGCCUCACGCUGUCCGACCUGCUGGCCGGCGCCGCCUAUGCCGCCAACAUCCUGCUGUCGGGACCGCUCACGCUACGUUUGUCGCCCGCGCUCUGGUUCGCUCGUGAGGGCGGCGUCUUCGUGGCGCUCUCCGCGUCCGUGCUGAGCCUCUUGGCCAUUGCACUCGAGCGCCUGCUCACCAUGGAGCGUCGGGGACCCGCGCCCGCCGCCCGUCGGGGGCGCACGUUGGCGCUGGCCGCCGCCGCCUGGGGCUUGUCGCUGCUCCUCGGACUACUGCCGGCGCUCGGCUGGAAUUGUCUGGGCCGUCUGGAGGCCUGCUCCACGGUCCUGCCGCUCUACUCCAAGGCCUACGUGCUCUUCUGCGUGCUCGCCUUUCUUGGCAUCCUGGCUGCCAUCUGUGCGCUCUACGCGCGGAUCUACUGCCAGGUGCGUUCCAAAGCGCGGCGCCUACGGGCGCACCCCAGGACUGGCGAGGGAGUCUCGAUGCGCGCGCGCCACACGCCGCGCUCCUUGGCGCUGUUGCGCACGCUCAGCGUGGUGCUCGUGGCCUUCGUGGCUUGUUGGGGCCCCCUCUUCCUGCUGCUCUUGCUGGAUGUGGCGUGCCCGGCGCGCGCCUGCCCUGUGCUCCUGCAAGCGGACCCCUUUCUGGGCCUGGCCAUGGCCAACUCGCUCCUGAACCCGCUCAUCUACACGUUCACCAACCGCGACCUGCGUCACGCGCUCCUACGCCUCGUCUGCUGCAGCCGGGGCCCCUGCUGCCGAGACCCAGGUGCCUCCCGGCGGUCCGGGAGCGCCCCUGGGGCUUCGGGCGACCUGCACCGCUGGCUGCCUCCCGGCCUGGAUGGGAGCUCCAGCCGCUCCGAGCGCUUCUCGCCCCAGCGGGAUGGGUUAGAGACCAGCGGUUCCACCGGCUGCCCUGGUGCACCCACGGUCGCUGGGACCCUGGUAACCCCACCAGCUACAGACUGA